CCCAAAUUUUAUUAAUUGAUGUUUAAAGAGGACAACACAUUCCAAUGUGGUCAGUUAUUGCAAUUGCAUUUGUGAUAGCUUCUUCAUCACUCUUUUCAACGGCAACGGCAUGCCCCUUCUCUUCGAUUUUCAGCUUCGGCGAUUCCCUGGCCGACACCGGCAACUUGUUUCUGAGCUCGGAGUCACCCUCUAACCAUUGCUUCUUCCCUCCGUACGGCGAAACCUUCUUCCACCAUCCCUCUGGACGCUGCUCCGAUGGCCGCCUCAUCAUCGAUUUCAUCGCUGAGUGGCUGGAAAUUCCAAUGGUGAAACCGUAUUUGGGAAUGAAAGGAUGGAAGGCGGAAGGAGGAGCCAAUUUUGCUGUUAUUGGAGCCACGGCGUUAGAGUCCUCUUUCUUUGAAGAAAGGGGCAUUCAUAUCCCAACCAAUUAUUCUUUGACAGUUCAAUUGAAUUGGUUCAAGGAUUUGCUUCAUCAUCUCUGCCACUCUUCUGCAAACUGUCAUGAAGUAAUUGGAAACUCGUUAUUUCUUGUGGGUGAAAUUGGAGGCAAUGAUUUCAAUUAUCCUUUGUUUAUACGAAAGAGCAUAGCAGAGGUUAAAACGUAUGUGCCGUAUGUAAUCAAUGCAAUAGCUUCAACCAUCAAUGAGUUGAUUAGUUUAGGGGCUCGCACGCUCAUAGUUCCCGGGAAUUUUCCACUGGGAUGUAAUGCACUGUAUUUAACAAAAUAUGAAACCAUGGAUAAGAACCAAUAUGACCAAUAUGGGUGUUUGAAGUGGUUAAAUCAUUUUGCUGAAUAUUACAAUCAGAAGCUCCAGAGUGAAUUACAUAGGCUUCGAGGAUUUCAUCCUCAUGCUAAUAUUGUUUAUGCUGAUCAUUACAAUGCUGCAUUGCCAUUAUUUCAAGAUCCCAAAAAGUUUGGUUUUACUGGUCUUGAAAUUUGUUGUGGAAUGGGAGGUCCAUACAAUUACAAUGAAUCAGUAGAUUGUGGAAAUCCAGGCGUGAUUGCUUGCGAUGAUCCUUCUAAGCAUAUUGGGUGGGAUGGUGUUCAUUUGACUGAGGCUGCAUACAGAUUGAUUGCUAAUGGUUUGAUGAAAGGACCAUAUUCUCUUCCUCAAAUUAGUACCUUGUGCUUGAUGAAUGUAAGCUCUGGCUAUUUCCAUAGCUAAAUUGUUUCUUCUUUUCAAAUGAAAUGAAAUAAAUUCAAUAUAGUUACCACUAUUA